AUGAACCACUAUCCUCCCCGUGUCAUGGGAGGCCCCCAAGCUGAGCCAGCCCAACGCCUCAAUCAGCUGCUCGACAGCAUCAAGACCGAGUUCGAGGCGGAGUCGCAGCGUAGUGUUGAUGCCGAAGGCCAAAUUACCCGCCACAUUCAAGAGAUUGAGUUGAUCCGCGGCAAGGUCUACUCGCUCGAACAAUCACACAACCAGAUGAAAGCAAAAUACGAGGAGCGCAUCGCCCAGCUGGAGCGCGAACUCGAAGCUCGUGGCGGCCCCAGCCAGAACUCGCAGCAUCACGGCCCAUCGCAGCCUCAGCCGCCUCAAAUUGGCCAUGGACCUAGCAACUUGUUCGGCGGCAUAAUGGCAGGCAGUGCUGCGCAGGGCGGCCCUGGACUGGCGCCUCCUCCACAGGAGCCGCCCCAAGGCCACGGCAUGCCACCACAACUGGGGGGACCCCAAGGUCCACCAGGACUGAACCCUGCUCCUGGACCACCACAGCACUUUGGUGGCUACCAGCAGGGCCCAUCUGUAAAUGGUUAUGGUCAGCCUCCACAGCCCACUGCCUCCCCUGGUGCUAAGCGUCCAGGUCCUGCUCGCGGUCCUCCUAACGGUCCCCCCAACCCCGCGACACCUCAGCAGAACAACCCUGCUCCGUAUCCCGGAUCGCCCCAAGUCCCACGACCGACUCCUCCUCCCAACCAUCAUCAGCAGCAGCAGCAGCCGAGUGCUUUGAUGGCGCCCAACCACAUUCCCCUCAGCCAGAGCAACGUCUUAGCUGACCUAGACAUCGAGCAGUUGCCAGAGAACUUGAAGAAGGAAGGUAGCGAUUGGUUCGCUGUCUUCAACCCUCGCUCCAGGCGAGUUCUAGAUGUCGACCUCAUCCACAAUUUGCCACAUCAAAGUGUGGUUUGCUGUGUACGCUUUAGUUUGGACGGUAGGUGGGUUGCGACAGGUUGCAACCGUUCGGCCCAGAUUUUCGAUGUCGAGACUGGAAACCCCGUCGCGCAUCUUCAGGACGGAAGCCUACCCGAGGAUGGAGAUCUGUACAUAAGGAGCGUCUGCUUCAGUCCUAACGGGCAAUAUCUCGCGACUGGUGCGGAGGACAAGGUCAUCAGGGUCUGGGACAUCGCUAGCCGCACCAUCAAGCACCAAUUCACUGGACACGAGCAGGAUAUUUACUCGCUCGACUUUGCCAGGAACGGCAAGAUCAUUGCAUCUGGUAGUGGUGACAGAAGUGUCCGUCUUUGGGAUCUUGAGUCCAACAUGCAAGUCUCCAACUUCUCUAUCGAAGACGGUGUCACUACCGUGGCAAUCUCUCCGGACAACCUCUACGUUGCGGCCGGAUCACUCGACAAGAGCGUCCGCGUUUGGGACAUUCAGACUGGUCAGCUUGUCGUACGUCUUGAAGGCGAGCACGGCCACAAGGACAGUGUUUACAGUGUGGCUUUCGCACCUUCUGGAAAUCGUCUUGUCAGUGGCAGUCUCGACAAGACGAUCAAGAUGUGGGAGCUGUCGACCAACAACCGCUUUGUUCCAGGCGGGCACCAGCCAAGUGGCAAGUGCAUCCGCACCUUUGAAGGCCACAAGGACUUUGUGCUCAGUGUUGCGCUUACCCCGCACGGUGACUGGGUUCUGAGUGGUUCCAAGGACCGUGGUGUCCAGUUCUGGGAUCCUCAUACUGGUGUCGCGCAACUCAUGUUGCAAGGACAUAAGAACUCCGUCAUCUCUGUAGCCCCAAGCCCUACAGGAGGCGUGUUUGCUACCGGCAGUGGCGACAUGCGCGCGCGUAUCUGGAGGUUCGACAGAUAUCCGGGACCUUAG